AUGGGGGAUGUGAAGCUGGUAGCCUCAACACAUGUGUCUAAGGCGUCUCUCACUAUGGAUCGCUCAAGAGUCAGCUCCAUGCCCCUGUCUGAGGCCCCUGCAUUUAUUCUGCCCCCUCGGAAUCUCUGCGUCAAGGAGGGCACCACUGCCAAGUUCGAAGGGAGGGUCCGGGGUUACCCAGACCCCCAGGUGACGUGGCAUCGACACGGACAACCUAUCUCCAAUGGUGGCCGUUUCCUGCUGGACUGUGGCACGCGGGGGGCUUUCAGCCUGGUGAUUCACUCAGUUGAUGAGGAGGACAAGGGAAAAUACACUUGUGAAGCCACCAACGGCAGUGGUUCUCGCCAGGUGACUGUGGAGUUGACAGUAGAAGGUGGAUUUGUGAAGAAGUAUGGUCAGCCAGCUGUUUCCAAAACCUUGGGGGAUAGAUUUGCAGCCCCCAUGGUGGAAAACCGGCCCAAUAUUUGGGGAGAGUGUCCACCAAAGUUUGCAACCAAGCUGGGUCGAGCGAUUGUCAAAGAAGGACAGAUGGGACGAUUCUCCUGCAAAAUUAUGGGCCGGCCCUCUCCAGAGGUUACCUGGCUCAAGGGCGAAGUUCCCCUGCAAGCUAGUGCCCGCUUGCAUAUAUCUGAGAAGAACGGCAUGCAGGUUCUGGAAAUCCACAAUGUCAGCCAAGAGGAUGUGGGCAUGUACACCUGCUUGGCAGUGAAUGGGUCAGGGAAGGCCUCAAUGUCCUCCGAGCUCUCCAUCCAAGGUUUGGACCAUGUCAGUAGGUCAUUGGUGAGAAACACAAAGACUCCUGAAGCUGACAGCAUAAAGGAUGUGACCAAUGGACUGGCCAAGAGACCCACACAGGGAGACCCAGACAUCAUAGCACCAAAUCAGAAUUGUCCCAGCACUCAGAAAAGUGUCUCCUCUGUCUGGACCCCAAACAGCACAGCUCAGUCCCCAAAGGACUGCAAGCUGGAGGCAUUUGGAGACUCACCUGCAAAAGCCUCAUGCACCUCCAUUCUGCAAAAGACUUCUAGCACCAUCACUCUACAGAGCACAAAAGUACAGCCUAAGCCAAGAGCAGUGGUCUCAGGCGUCCCCACACUUUCCCGAGGAGAGACAGAGAGGACCUCUGCUCUCCCACCAGCCCCCAUUUCCAUCAGGCAGUCAGGCCUGAGAAGUCAAGAAGUUGGGAGCAAGACUGUUACCAGAAUGAUCCCAUUGGAGAGCCAGAGGGAGUCAACUACCCCAAAAUUUGAGAGCAAGCCUCAGAGCCAGCAAAUCAGUGAGGAUGAAGCAGUGGAGUUCAGAUGCAAGGUUUCAGGUAUCCCAAAGCCCCAAGUGACCUGGUUCCUGGAAGGUGUCCCAGUGAGGAGCCAACAAGGUACCAUUGAAGUCUCUGAAGACACAGGGUUCCAUUACCUGCGCCUACAGAGAGCCCGGGAGAAGGACAGUGGUCAAUACAGCUGCACAGCCUCCAACACCCGGGGUCAGGUUUCCUGUGGCUGGACUCUCCUGGUGAAAAAGUUGGCCCCAAGACAGGUGGCACCCUCAUUCUCCCGUGUGCUGCAGGACUGUACAGUCAUGGAGGGCCAGGACUUUGUGCUGCGGUGCUCAGUGCAGGGGACCCCAGAGCCCCAAAUCACUUGGCUGCUCAAUGGGCAGCCCAUCCAGUAUGCACGCAGCACCUGUAAGGCCGGCAUGGCUGAACUUCAUGUCCAGGAUGCCCUGCCAGAGGAUGAAGGCACCUAUAGCUGCCUCGCCCAGAGCCCCUGCGGGCAAGUGUCCUGCAGCGCCCGGGUCAUUGUCCACGAAAAGAAGAGCAAGGAUAAGAGGGAGCCCUUUUCACUAGCAACUCCCAGCAAGUCCACUGCUGCACCCAGAUUCCUGCAAGGCCUCACAGACCUCCGUGUGAUGGACGGGAGCCAGGUGACCAUGACAGUGCAGGUGUCAGGGAAUCCCACUCCUGAGGUCAUCUGGCUUCACAAUGGAAAGGAGAUACAGGAGUCAGAGGACUUCCACUUUGAACAAAAAGGCGCCAAGCAUAGCCUUUGCAUCCAGGAGGUGUUCCCUGAGGACACUGGCACAUACACCUGUGAGGCAUGGAACAGCGUGGGGGAGGCUCGAAGCCAGGCUGUGCUCAUGGUGCAAGAGCCUCAGGACGGCACCCAGCCCUGGUUCAUCAGCAAGCCUCGCUCAGUGACAGCCUCCCUGGGCCAGAGUGUCCUCAUCUCCUGCGCCAUUGCUGGUGACCCCUUCCCCACUGUGCAUUGGCUCCGAAAUGGCAAGACCCUCUCCAGAGACACCAGCCACUUUGAGGUGCUACAGAAUGAGGAUGUGUUCACUCUGGUUGUUAAGGAUGUGCAGCCCUGGCAUGCUGGCCAGUAUGAGAUCCUGCUCAGGAACCAGGUGGGCGAAUGUAGCUGCCAGGUAUCCCUGAUGCUGCCCAAUGGCCCUACCAGAACUCUGCCGUGGGGGAGGGAGCCAGCCAGCUGUGCAGGCCUCAGUGGUAGCAGUGGUGGUGGUGGCGUGGGUGCUACUGCUGGUGGCAGUGAAGGCUAUGGGAGCCUGAGGCCCGGCUGGCCAGCACAAGGGAAGGGUUGGCUGGAGGAGGAGGAGGAAGAGGAGGAGGACAGCGAGGACGUACGGGGGGUGCUGAAGCGGCGUGUGGAGACCAGGCAGCACACAGAGGAGGCCAUCCGCCGGCAGGAGGCAGAACAGCUGGACUUCCGUGAGCUCCUGGGCAGAAAGGUGAGCACCAGAUCUGUGUCAGAGGACGAACUCAAAGAGAUCCCAGUGGAGCAGAUGGAUUUCCGAGCCAACCUGCAGCGGCAGGUAAAGCCCAAGACGGUGUCCGAGGAGGAGAGGAAGGUGCAUGGACCCCAGCAGGUGGACUUCCGCUCCGUCCUGGCCAAGAAAGGGACACCCAAGACCCCUGUGCCAGAGAAGGGGGUCCCUCCCAAGCCCGCCACGCCAGACUUUCGCUCUGUGCUGGGCAACAAGAAGAAGUCACCAGCAGAGAAUGGGAGCAACAGUGCUGAGGUUGUGGACACCAAGGCCACUGAGGUCUCAAAACCUGUAGGCAAUGCCAAACCCGCUGAGACCUCAAAACCCGUGGGCAAUGCCAAGCCUGUUGAUGCCCCAAAACCUAUGGGCAACACCAAACCCACCGAGACCCUGAAGCCAGCCAGAAAGGAAGAGCUCAAGAAAGAAGUUCAGAACGAUGUGAACUGCAAGAGUAGGAGCCCCGAAGCCCCCGAUGUGGAAAAGACCCCCACACACCAGAGCAAGGCCCCGGCUUUCCCAGAGAAGCUGCAGGAUGUGCGUGUGGCAGAGGGUGAGAAGCUGCUGUUACAAUGCCAGGUGUCUGCAGAGCCUCCAGCCACCAUCACCUGGACCUUAAAUGGAAAGACCCUCAAGACCACCAAGUUCAUCAUUGUCUCCCAAGAAGGCUCUCUAUGCUCUGUGUCCAUCGAGAAGGCGUUGCCCGAGGAUAAAGGCACAUACAAGUGUGUGGCCAAGAAUGCCGCUGGCCAGGCCGAGUGCUCCUGCCAGGUCACCGUGGAUGAUGCCCCCAUCAGCGAGAAUGCCAAGGCCCCUGAGAUGAAGACCCGGAGGCCCAAGAGUUCUCUUCCUCCAGUGCUGGGAACAGAGAGUGAUGCAACUGUAAAAAAGAAACCUGCCCCCAAGACACCUUCGAAGGCAGCCAUGCCCCCACAGAUCACCCAGUUUCCCGAGGACCGAAAGGUGCGCGCAGGCGAAGCAGUGGAGCUGCUGGGCAAGGUGGCGGGUACCCAGCCCAUUACUUGUACCUGGAUGAAGUUCCGCAAGCAGAUCCAGGACAGCGAGUUCAUCCGGGUGGAACACAGCGAAGGGAGCAGCAAGCUUACCAUUCUGGCAGCGCGCCAGGAGCACUGUGGCUGCUACACACUGCUGGCGGAGAACAAACUGGGCAGCAGGCAGGCCCAGGUCAACCUCACAGUCGUGGACAAACCAGACCCCCCGGCCGGCACACCUUGCGCCUCAGACAUCCGGAGCUCCUCGCUGACCCUGUCCUGGUAUGGUUCCUCCUAUGAUGGGGGCAGCGCCGUGCAGUCCUACAGCAUCGAGAUCUGGGACUCGGUGGACAAGACAUGGAAGGAACUGGCCACAUGUCGCAGCACCUCUUUCAGUGUCCAGAACCUGCUGCCUGAUCUCGAGUAUAAAUUCCGUGUGCGCGCUAUCAAUGUCUAUGGGACCAGUGAACCCAGCCAGGAAUCUGAGCUCACAGUGGUGGGAGAGAAACCUGAAGAGCCCAAGGAUGAGGUGGAGGUGUCAGAUGAUGAUGAGAAGGAGCCUGAAGUCGACUACCGAACUGUAACAGUCAACACAGAACAGAAAGUGUCCGACUUCUACGACAUCGAAGAGCGACUAGGAUCGGGGAAAUUUGGACAGGUCUUUCGACUGGUUGAGAAGAAAACUGGAAAAAUCUGGGCAGGGAAAUUUUUUAAGGCAUAUUCAGCAAAAGAGAAGGAGAAUAUUCGGGAGGAGAUCAGCAUCAUGAAUUGCCUGCACCACCCCAAGCUGGUCCAGUGUGUGGAUGCCUUCGAAGAAAAGGCCAACAUUGUCAUGGUCCUGGAGAUCGUGUCAGGUGGUGAGCUGUUUGAGCGCAUCAUCGAUGAAGACUUUGAGCUGACAGAGCGUGAGUGCAUUAAGUACAUGAAGCAGAUCUCGGAGGGUGUGGAGUACAUACAUAAGCAGGGCAUCGUGCACCUGGACCUCAAGCCCGAAAACAUCAUGUGUGUCAAUAAGACUGGCACCAGGAUCAAGCUCAUCGACUUUGGUCUGGCCAGACGACUGGAGAAUGCUGGGUCCCUGAAGGUUCUUUUUGGCACUCCGGAGUUCGUGGCGCCUGAAGUCAUCAACUAUGAGCCCAUCGGUUAUGCUACGGACAUGUGGAGCAUCGGGGUCAUCUGCUACAUCUUGGUCAGUGGCCUUUCCCCCUUUAUGGGUGACAACGACAAUGAAACCUUAGCCAAUGUGACUUCAGCCACCUGGGAUUUCGACGAUGAGGCGUUUGAUGAAAUCUCCGAUGAUGCCAAGGACUUCAUCAGCAAUUUGCUCAAGAAAGAUAUGAAAAACCGCCUAAACUGUACCCAGUGCCUUCAGCACCCAUGGCUGAUGAAAGACACCAAGAACAUGGAAGCUAAGAAGCUCUCCAAGGACCGUAUGAAGAAGUACAUGGCAAGAAGGAAAUGGCAGAAAACAGGCAAUGCUGUGAGAGCCAUCGGAAGACUGUCCUCUAUGGCAAUGAUCUCAGGGCUCAGUGGCAGGAAAUCCUCAACAGGGUCAUCACCGACCAGCCCACUCAACGCAGAAAAACUAGAAUCAGAAGAAGAUGUCUCCCAAGCUUUCCUGGAGGCUGUCGCCGAGGAAAAGCCCCAUGCAAAACCCUAUUUCUCCAAGACCAUUCGUGAUUUAGAGGUGGUGGAGGGAAGUGCUGCUAGAUUCGACUGCAAGAUUGAAGGUUACCCAGACCCUGAGGUCGUCUGGUUCAAGGACGAGCAGUCCAUCCGGGAGUCCCGCCACUUCCAAAUCGACUACGACGAAGAGGGGAAUUGCUCCUUAACUAUCAGCGAGGUCUGCGGAGAUGAUGAUGCCAAGUAUACCUGCAAAGCUGUCAACAGCUUGGGGGAGGCCACCUGCACAGCAGAGCUCAUUGUCGAAACCAUGGAGGAGGGAGAAGGGGAAGGAGAAGAGGAAGAAGAAGAGUGAAGCCAAGCCAGGAAAAGGAGUUUCUAAGUCAGAUGACAAGGACUAUUUCUGUAAAGUUCCAGAUAGUGAAGCACCUAGUGUGACCAAUGAUAUAGGCCAUUUGGAGGGUGAGGGAUGGGUGUGGACUUAGCAAGGGCAGUUGAUUACCUGGCAGCAUGCUUGAUGGGCAUUACUUUGAAUUUGUUGACACCAUGAUCUGCGCUCCUUUCAUGAUAUUUCACUUCCAGAGAUUGCCAGUAGCCUACUGAUAAUUCCAGAGUUGCUUUUAGAGAGAAAGUAACCAAAAGGGCUAUUUUUCUGGGCAAAGUCAUAAAUCCCUGAAAGCAUUCAUGAAUAAAUGACCCUUUUAGCACAGUUCAGCCCUGGGGUUCAGUGAAGCCCCUCGAAGUUCCCCUCAAGCCCCAUUCUGAGAGAAGGAUCUUCUCUAGCGCUAUAGCUUUUCAGACAUUUUAUUCUGCAAACAGACAAGCCAUUUCAACUGACAAGGCCUGUUUGUUUUGUUUUGUUUUUAAUCCAAACUAUGCAGUAGACAGUCAG